UGGCUGUACUCAGGUUCCAGUGUCCUUACUACUAGUAUGUAAGUGCCCUGGCAUUUCUUUCAGAACAGACUUGGCUGCAAAGAUGUCGUUCUUCUCUGCUUUUCGAUAAUCUAACGGUUCUCAGCCUCAAAUGCAAUCGCCUCUGAUGUUCGUGAAGAUCUUGGCUGUGGUCCAUUUCAUGCAAAGAGGCCAAUGCCUUACUCUCACUGGCGUGGGUAUUUCCGCCAAAGCCACCGGCCGGUGAACAAACUGAACGCCCAGGGACAGCCUCGAUUAUAUUAUUGGCCUGGGGUUCAUCACAGCAGUCCCGCUUUCUCACCUCCACCAAACUCGCCGCACUGCACAUCUCACCAGUGAUACCUUACCCCUUGUCUCAGCUUCUCACAUUUCAUCAACUUCGCAAUUGCGGUGUCACGUUUGAUGAUGAUUCCAACUCACGGGGUUGAUGGCGAUACCAGCCUUGUUAUCCCAUGGUUAUCUAGCUCUACCCCAAAAG